UUCGGACAUCAACGGUAAUUUACGGCUACAUGUGUAGAACGUCAUGCAGAUUAUUUUGUUUACAGUGGAGAUGAGAAUUGUGUGGGGCUGAGACAGACAGUCUGUCAGUUCUUCGAAAUUCUCCUGUCAUUGAUUGCUUUUGAGGAUUUAUUUUACUGGGCUGCAGGCAAGAUGGAUGUUAUGAUAGUCCCUUGCCGACUAUUUCCUGACGCUUUUUCCCCCUGACAUAGAAUCUAAAACAAUAAUAGAUCUAUGCAACCGCUGUCAGCACCAGGCCAAGUUUGAGAUUUCCUGUUCUGAGGAUGUUCCCCGAGUGCGGAGCAGAAAAGUUCCAACAGCAUGUCCACUGUCUCCGCUGAUCUGAUUGAGAACAAGGUUCUGCCUGCGGACAAGACGGGCCUGCCAUGGGAAAUCUGGCAGAUGAUCCUGUCCUGGCUGUCUACUGGCGACCUUUGUCGUGUGGCCUGCGUCUGCAAAACGUGGAGCGAGCUUGUGAGCAGCAUCGACGCCACACGAUGGAAGGAGCUCUAUAUGGCCUGCAGGGAGUGGCGUCAUCCCUUCUGGCCACUCAACACGCAGGCAGAGCCGCCCUCGUGGCGCCUGGCAUACCGCGACCAGCACAUCUCCACCAAGUUCUGGUCUCGCCGGCAGAAGAUGGAGGCCAAAGGCACUGCCUGUACCGGGUUCUUCAAGAGGAACAACUUCCAGAAGAACAUCCACGUGGGGCCGGGCCUGGACCACGAGUCUCUGCGGUCCGCCCUGUCGGUCGCCAACGACUACGACCGCAUCGUGGUGCACCCCGGGAUCUACGACGAGUUGUUUGAGAUCUCGUCCAAGAUCCCGUUUGAGCUGGUGGGCCACGGGGAGCUGGGCAGCGUGAUCCUGGUGGUGGGCAUACAGCAGCUGUCGCGGGCCGCUCGUCUCAGCAACCUGGUGCUCCGCGCUCCCUGGUUCACCAGCUUUAUCGUCAUGAUCAGCUCGGGCUACCUGCAGAUGGACAACUGCAUCCUGGAGGACGGGAUGGUGUGUGCACAGAACCCGAGCACGGUACACAUCAAGUUCUGCACGUUCCGCCACGCCACCGUCAUCCUGCAGCACAUGAACGCCAGCGUCAUCGAGAACUGCGAGUUCUCCCAGAGCGACAGCGCAAACAUCAUCGUCGAGGGGCACCCGAAGGAUGAGCGCAACUGGACGUACUCCUUCCUCCGCGAGCGCACCAGCGCCAUCUACCACCAGAAACGCUCGCUGCACCGCAAAAAGCACGGGCUCAAGGCCACCACGAGCAUGACCUCGACCUUACAUUCGUCUUUCACGGGGAAGUCCAUGGGGACCGCUGUGUCCAACCAGGUUUACGAUUCGGUGUCGCGGGACCCGAGUGUUAGCUUCGAUGACCCCGGCGCCACUUUUCUCAACCCUCACUUCCUGAACGGACAUUAUGGCAACUCGGAGAAGGACAGUUCUGUCGGAUGUGGGGAUCUACAGAGCAUGUACGAGGAGCCGGCCGGGGAGGACAGCGUCAGCGUGCAGGGAGGGAAGCCCAAACUGCGGAGAGACAACAGCCUCACUCUCAGCAACGUCUCGGAUCUCGGCACCACCGAAGCUGCUCUCGACUCCGCCUCAGGACUCUCGCUUCCCAAGUCAAAAACCAGAGCUCAGCGGCAAAGUUCGAGAGACUCGUUACCACUUCCAGAUGAGCCGGAGAUUCAUUCCAAGCGCGGAGGAGGGCCUCAGGAAUGGGAAAAAGACAGCUCUGUUGUUCACGUUCACAAGCACAUAAGGAAUAAUUUCCGCAGAAAGUCGCUGGGCUCUUGUUCUCUACAGCAGCUCGAGGAAGAAAGAAGCGAGGUUUUCAUCCCCAACAAUAUCGCCGUUUCCACUUCAGGCGCAAAAGAGCUUUCCACUUCAGGCACAAAAGAGCAUUUCACUUCCGGCGCUAACGAGAAUGUAUACUGUGAUAGGAAAGAUGAUAUGGCCAGGACAGCUGCGGAAGAGAAAGUUGUGCCCAGGAUGGAGGCUGGGUCGGAUGUGGAGCAAGUGUCUUCCCUCAACAAGACAGGACCUCAGAAAAGCCCAGACAGUCACGGAAAGUUUCAGCGUGAUUCCGACGUCUGUCAUCCAAACCUCGGAUUGAACCCGACUGACUCUGGUGAAAAGAUUAACGAAGAUUCUCACAGAAGUAAACCGUGUCCUUUGACUUUAACGGAGGGAGAGAAAGGUUCUGAGAGUUGUUACAUGCUGCGAGAGUUGACACAAGACUCCUCGAAGGAAGGUGUUUCUCCCGCCCCCACGCCAGCUACGAUGAAACACGCAGCGGUCAACCACGACCCCCCACCCCUUCCCACUAGUUCGUCGAGUCGUGGGCCGCGUUCUGCUCAAUGUUUCCGAAAGAAAAGAAAAUCUGGGUCUCUGAGCAGCGCUACCAGCACCAGUUUGUUUGAGUUUCGAAUGUGUGACGCCUCGGACGUGGAAAGUAGGUCAGAGGGCGUGAAGCUUGACGAGCACACUGGCCCAGAGUUGUCAGCAGCGACACGUGGUUCGUCUGUGUCAGCCCCGCUCAAGUUAUCCCCAGGGAGCGAAAACGUUUUAGUCGACCUUGAAAAUACACAGGAUAAGGUCAGCUCGGUGAGUGGCAGUUCCCAGAAAGCUGAGAGAGAUGUAGUACAAGAGGUUGGUGGAAGCCACAGCGGGAGAGAACAGAAAGAACAAACUAUGGCGAGAACUUUGAACGACUCAAGCCGUGACGUCCCCUCAAAGACAGACAACAACCGCGGCUUCAGCGGUAGCGACGGUUCCAAAGUGUCGGGGGGCGGCCAUGACGGACAUUCGGCGGGCCCUUCUCGUCUCCGAGUGGCGGCUCCGGCUGUGGUCAGUGGAGGGUUGCCAGCGUUUGAGGAGAGAGAGGAGAGCGGGAUGGACAAUGCUCGAGGGAUGGCUCAGGUGGACAUCGGCGCUAAGGAGGAGUCAGGGGCCAGGGGUUGUCACUCUGGUCACCACGGUAACAGCCGACAACAACAACAGCAGCAACAACCGUCGCACAGCCGGGACAGGAACGGUUUGUCGAACCACAGAGACAACCCUCAGCCGAACCACGCGCACCCUCAGCCGAACCACAGGGACAACCCCCUCCCGAACCACGCCCACCCCCAGGCGUACCACGCCCACCCCCAGGUGAACCACGCCCACCCCCAGGCGAACCACGGGGCGCAGCCACUUCCCCUGCGGCGGUCGCAGAGUGAGGAGGUGCUGUCAGAGUCGGAUGAUGACCUGUCUAUUCUGGAUGAGCUGGAGGGUUCUGUCGCUUCAGACGCUGUACACAGUGAUGCAGCAGACGGUCUAAGCAGUACGUCCGACAGCAGCGACAUGGACAGUACGCGGGACAGCGGGUCAGACGAGGAGUUCUCCUCCAGUGAGGAGUCGGUCAUCAUGCUCCCACACCUGCGCGAGUUCCGCAUGGACCUUCCGGAACAAUCGGCCUCUCCCCGCGGAGUGGAAGCGGAGAUCACGUCCAUCAACAGCGACUGUACGCGCCCCGUCCCUGUCAACGUCUCUGAGGACAACUUGAUGAGCUCGUACGUGGGACAGAUCCAGGGCUGUCUGAUUCACCAGUGCCGCAUGAACCACAUAUCAAUGUUGCCGCAUGAACCCCUUAUCAAUGUGUGUGUAUAUAUAUAUAUAUAUAUAUAUAUAUAUAUAUAUGUCCACAGCUCGUACGUGGGACAGAUCCAGGGCUGUCUGAUCCACCAGUGCCGCAUGAACCACUCCAAGGGCGGCCUCAUGGUCAGUCUCCAGGCACACGCCAUCGUGUCGGAGUGUGACGUCAGCAACGUGGGCUACGGGAUACGCUGUAUACAGAACGCUAGGGUUGUGAUUUUGAAGAACAAGAUCCACCACUGCCGAACGUCAGGAAUCUUUAUGAGACUGGCAGCCUCAGGCCUUAUUGCAGGAAAUGACAUUCACUCAAACAAUGAGGCCGGGAUUGAUAUUCGGAAGAACGCUGACCCCUUAGUACAGUUCAACCAGAUCCACCACGGCAAGCGGUCGGGCGUGGUGAUCCUGGGGAGUGGGCGUGGCCACAUCAAGAAGAACGACAUCUACGCCAACGCUGAGGCGGGCGUGUACGUGCUGUACGGGGGAAACCCCACCAUCAGUGAAAACAAAAUCUACGACGGGCGAGCCGCAGGGGUGGCCAUCAACGCCGGAGGGAAAGGUUGCAUUGUGGGUUCGCCUGUCGGGCAACGGCAUCUACGACAACGGACAACACGGCGUGGUGUGUCGUAACUCGUGCACCCUGGAGGAGAACGACAUCGUCGGCCAAUCGAUGUACGCCGUGGUGGUGGAGGCCAACUCUGUGACUCAGAUCUCCAACAACCGCCUGUGCUCCUCGGGACUAGCGGCCAUCAGAGGGGAGGAGUCGGCCGUCGUCACGGCCACGGGGAACAAGAUAUUUGACCGCGGGGGCGGAGACUUCAACUGUGGGCGUGGCCUGGUGGCGCGAGACAACGUGCUGUCCCGACCCACUGGGGUCACAGUCACCUCCGUGACCUCCAG